AUGAGUCCGCCGACAAAAUCUGUUCUGUUACCAAAGGUUUUCCCACUCUCACUCGUUAACCUUGGUCAACUCUUGCCGAACCCGUUAAACCCCUCAUUCAGCUCGUGCAUACCUGAAAGGCCAAUCACGGAAGACGACUACUCAAAGCUAGAGGAGAGCGAGUACACAGCCACCCUCACGUUGGAGAAAUCGGGAAAGCUCAAAGCAUCCUUCACAAAACUUUUCGGGGCAUUCUUCGGAGUUCGCACGGUAAACACGAUCGGUCUUUACGCCCGCACGGCUUUCCACCUAGAGCUCAUACAGCCUGACGCCAUAUUCCGAAAGGUUGUGCAGGAAUCGGAAGUCCAGGCUUGGCUGAACGAGAUGGCCCAAUACCACAAACCGGUCUACUUUGUCGUCGGAUUGCAGGUCAUCAUAGACGGUGUCUUCAAGCAGAGGAUCGACAGGAGCGAGGAAGCGGGUAUCAGCAUGCACGUUCCCCUCGAGGCCGUGGGGCUCCCGGCACAUGGCAGUGCUCAAGCUACGGGUUUGGUUAAAGGAGAAGGGUAUGUGGAGGGGAAGGUUUUGGGGGAAAAUGUUCUGGGGAUUCUGGUCCGUAAGGUCAAUUACAAAAUCAGGAAUUCCGGUGACCGGCCAACCUUGGUUGAGGAGUCCGUUUGGAAGUACCCCUACGAGAGAGUAAAAGGGGAUCGAGAAGAGGAGGCAUUGGUACUGGAAGUAAGCAUUGGUGACCACGUAGGGGACGACGAUCUGGGGGGUAUGAGCGAUGGUUUAGGCGAGGAGGACGAUGAGGACGAUGAGGACGAGGACUAAAUAGCACCGGUAUCAAACCUUAGUGUCGAAAUGCGGCAGGAUGUUUUAUUGUUACUCACUCUACUCGUAGCGAUAGUAUAUAUUAUACUCUAGUCCCUUGAAUCAAGAGAAAAGCGCUACAAAGG